CAUCGCAUGAAACUGUACAGAAAACAUGAGCGUCAUUGAUAUUAUCUUCCGCGUCGAUUCCAUAUGCCAGAAAUACGAGAAAUAUGACAUCGAUAAGCAGCGGGAGCUCAAUGCCUACGGUGAUGAUGCCUUUGCUCGCCUCUACGCUGCCGUGGAAAGCAACAUCCAAGCCGCCCUUAAUAAAUCAGAGAUUGCUUCUAAUGAGAAGAACAGGGCAUCUGCAGCGGCAUUGAAUGCGGAAGUUCGUCGAACAAAAGCUCGACUCAUGGAUGAAGUCCCUAAGCUUCGUAAACUGGCGCAGAAGAAGGUUAAGGGUCUCACAAGUGAAGACAUGGCCAUUCGAAAUGAUAUGGUUUUAGCAUUGCCAGAAAGGAUUCAAGCAAUACCAGAUGGUAUCACUGGUGCAGCUAAUCAAGCUGCAGGGGGUGUUUCUCCCUCAUCUCAUCCUAAUAUCAUGUUUGAUUCGUCAGGAUACAAGGACGAUUUAUAUUACCAACAAACAGAAGAAUCAAGUCAGUUUAGAUCAGAGUAUGAGAUGCGAAAAAUGAAACAGGAUGAAGGGCUUGAUAUCAUAUCAGAAGGAUUGGAUACGUUGAAGAAUUUGGCCCUCGAUAUGAAUGAGGAAUUGGACCGGCAAGUUCCAUUAAUGGAUGAAAUUGGUACAAAGGUCGAUAAGGCCACAUCCGAGCUUAGAAAUAAUAACACGAGGCUGAGGAAAACUCUCAACGAGGUGAGGUCUAGUCGAAAUUUUUGCAUUGACAUCAUUCUGCUGUGUGUUCUCCUGGGCAUCGUUUCCUACAUAUACAAGUAA